AUGGACGGGUCUGCAGUGCUUUAUUCUCCCGAAUACUAUCUAGUUGAACUUGGACUAGAGACGAGGGGCGACCUGUACGCUCUACGUUCAUUUUGUGAACGAAAAGAAAAGCAGACAAAAAGCAAAGAUGCUGAAGAACGAAAGCAGUCCUUAAUUGAUAAAAUAAGGUGCAAGAAAGUAAAGCACUCAAGUGGCCCUGAGUCGCAGAAGAAAAAUACGCCCUCUAGCUCCUAUGGUAAACCGCGAAAAUUUGAGUUAGGCUGGCAGCAUUUCUCAGAAGUCCAGAAAAGGUUUGUUGCUGUUCGACAGUCCAGAGGAGGGGGGACUAGGUCUGUAUCGAUGUCAGGCAACAGUACCAUUUCCGACAUUCUAGAGGAAGCUCGGAACCUGUUUUUCCCUCAAGGAAAAUCAGUAUAUGGAAAUUGGAUGGACAUGGAUUGCGAGUUAGCAAACUUUAAGGGUGAAGUGAAAACAAGCCUAACCUCCCAUGAAGGUAAUGUAAUGGACUUCUCUCUUCAAUCAUACUUCGAACUCCACAAGCUCACUCGUGUCCGCCUGUAUCUGAGGACGCGACAAAGAGGAACAUCAUCCAUCUCAGUUGAGGAGGGGGAACCGGAAGCCGAGUCGGACACUCUUGGAGUGCUUAAAGGAAGCUCGCGUGAAAGGGCCAAACUGAGAGAGGAACAAGACGGAGAGUAUGCGGAAAGCCUGCGCGCGGACCGCGCGAAAACGGAGCGUAGGGAACAAGCCCUUAAGGAAGAACUAAAUAAAGCAAGAAAGGUCGAAGAAUUUCACGCCGCUCGCUUGUCAAGAGUGUUAGACGAACCAACGGUAGAUGAACCGCGUGUGGUUGUUCGUGUCCGCCACAUCGACUUGGGCUUGGUCAAUCGUGCCUUCAAACCCAACCAGAAGAUGGCGGCAGUGUACGAUUGGAUUGGCUCGCUGCAGCUUAUUCCGCUGUACUUCUCGUUAUCCAGCACACCAGGCAAUGUGAUAGACCCGUCUGUGUCUAUAUACUACUCAGCUGACAAAGUGUUGUUUAUGGAGCAGAGGGAUGAUCCCAUACCAUUGUCAGCAGAUGACGACGAAGUUUCCUUUAAAGGGUUUUGCGAAAUUGGAGAGAUUGGAAUGACCCCACCAAGUCGUAUUAUGGCAUGGGAUAUUGAUACCGAUGAAGAAGGAUGUUCAGCGUAA